AUGCCUAAAGUGGUCUGGACAGCUGAGGCUGAUGCCCAGCUUUUGCUGCUGGUCCUCGACCAGCUGAAAGACGCGAAUUUCGUCCUUGACACUGAACAGCUUGCUGCCGGCAUGGGCCCCGAGUUUAACAAGCGUGGCAUUCAGUACCGUCUCAAUGCCCUGCGAAAGCAGGACAAGGAACAGCCUUCCCCUACUAAGGGUGGCUUCACUCCCAUCAACUCGCCGGUCAAGCGCAAGGCCGGGCGCCCUCCUCGCACUCCUGCCAAGAAGCAGAAGAACCAGAACAAUGAUGAUGAGGCUGAUGACGAGUUGCUCGGUGUUGUCGUCCAGGGUGAUCACCAUGGUGGUAACUAG